UAGCAUCAACAUUGAUUAACCUAUUAGUUGAGUUGAGUUUAGUGUUGUGUUUAUUUUUUCGUUCGUCGCUGUCUGUCUCAAAAGUCCUGAUAAAUAGAAGAGAUAUGAAAAUGAACUCUAUCACUGGCCUAUCUGACCCACAAUACCGUGUCACAGAACGUACCAGCUAUUUUCAGCACGUCAGAUCGAUUUUACCAAAGGAUAACCGAGGAACGUAAUGGAAGAUGGACUUGAGGAUUACAGGGUCCGGUGCUAGGCUCGUUCCCUCUGCCGAUCAUCGAGCGCAGCAUGACGACCACCUCCUCUCGUGCAAGUUCCACCCAACGCAGCUAUGUGGGCGGACACGCUGGGCGGUCCUCGGCGUCGUUCGCAUCUCGUCGCGCUAGCAGCGCACCGGGAAGUCGCACGACGGUCGCGUCGCAGUCGCGCGCAGGCAGCCGCAGGCCCAGCAUCGCGUCAAUACACAGCUCGACCUCAGUGAGGUCGUACAGUGCAAGGAGGUACGAGAGGGAACGAAGAGAGAAGGAAGAGCGGGAGCUCGAGAGGCGGUUCAAACUGGCGGCUAGCAGUGCAGGGUCAGUCAGUGGCGUUGGAGUGGGGCAACCAUCGCCUAGCCCGCAUUCGGUGGACGAUUUGUUGCCUACUUUGGAGGAAGAUAGGCAAGGCCGGGUUGAGGAGGUUCCCCCGUUAGCAGCUAAAGAAGAUUCAACCAGCAGUUUUCCCGAAGAGUUACCAUCGACCUCUAAGCAGUAUCCGUGACGAAGUGAUCGUGUCAGAAAACGAACUUUAAAAAAAUUGUUUUUAUUUGUACCUACCCUUGUUGGCCUAUUUUAGUAAGACGAUCUUGCGCGCUCCAAGAAUUAAAGGACUUGGGGCAAUAAGAUAACCUAACCACAUGUGAAUACAAAAAUACAUUUCCAUUUAAAAACGCCCGUGGCUUAGGUAUCUAUGUCCGAAGGUAUGAUUUUUUUGAUAUUACAUGUCGCUAUAAUUUCUGAAUAGCGUUUUUGAACUCUCACGAUAUCCCACAAAUUAUUACGACAAUUAUGGUCUCCAAGGACACCAGAAAACAACUAAACGAGUUUCUGAUUUUAUUGUCAAUAAAUUUUGUAAGCUAUGUGUACGCAGAAUAAUCUGUUACUCAUGAAGCAGUCUUGUCAACUACCUUUCGGGCAUCUAAUUUUAUACAAAUAUUUUUUCAACAAAAAACAUUCGUGCAGGUGCAACCGCGCCCAUGCUUCUUGUUGAAAUAUUACUUAGCAACGUGUUUUUUCAAUCUUUUUCGAAAAAAUUAGAUGCCCUUAUGAUAGUACGUACGAAUAUAUCAUUAUUUCUAUCAAGAACGACUUUUGUAGAUCGCAAAUAAUUUUAUUAUGUGUCAAUAAUAUGCAAUUUUGUGAUGAGUGGCCUAUGCCUUUCUUGGUCAGGCUCAAAACAUGGAAAAUAGGUCCCAGUCGAUUUGUCUACAAACUCAGUAUCAUAUAUCCCUUGCCUUUUCGAACAAAAGUAUCUAUGGGACCAAAGCAUUCCUACGAUUAGUUUCUGAGAAAUAGGCUGAUGUCUGAUUUGCAAAAAAGGUGAUUGAGCAGAUUGUGGCUCUUGGACCAAAAACUCGGCGAAUCAGAGUAUAUUUUGUUAAAACACCUUCUAGAAAGGUGUUAGGAGGUGUCAUAUUGAUCGUGACCAUGAUCCUUACAAGGUCAGUUUCAAAGCAAGCUGAUUUACAUGUGCUUGUGCUGGAAUAGUUCCGGCACGAAUUGCUCGAUAAUUCAGAAAAUUCAACAGGGCUCGAGAAGGGUGAAAACUACCCCCAACCAUACAUAAAUUAUAGCAGAAUUUAUUGGCAACUUUUCCGAC